CACAGUUUGCCUAGAUCUCGUGAGAUUGGCGAUUGGGUGAGAUGUUUGCUGGACGUCACAGUUUUUUUUGUUUGUUUUGUUGUUGUCAUAUGGUGGAGAACAACAUCCAGCGGUUAAAUAAUCACCAACGGGCCGUGAAGGACUGACGGCUCCUGGUUGUGGCUCGCGAGGCUCCCGCUGUUUCCUGAUGUCCGUUGCGGUGUUUACCCCGCAGACUGGAUCUCUUUCUCGCGGCUGUCAGUGAAGGGAUUUGGAGAUUGAAGGCCUUUUUCUGUCCCCUGUCUGCAGACUGACGCUCAUUGAGCACCGUAUGAAUUUCCAGGCCUGCUAACAGAAAGGUGGUUUCUAGCGACAGUCGGGAGAGCAAAGGAAGGCCGAAGGUCCUGCCUCUGAGGGGAGACCUCGGAUGAUGUGCGCCUGAAAGCUGCUGGAUGUUAGAUCUGCUCAGCGCGCGCCUCCACUCACAAAAUGUGGUUAAAACUUUUCUUUUUGCUCCUUUAUUUCAUGAUGUUGUUUGUGCUCGCUAGGAUUUUUGAAGCUGUGGUUUGGUAUGAGACUGGUAUGUUUGCAACGCAGCUGGUAGAUCCAGUUACUCUGAGUUACAAGAAGUUGAAAACCAUCCUGGAGUGCAGAGGACUGGGUUACAAUGGCCUGGCUGAGAAAAAGGAUGUCAGCGAACUGGUGGAGAAAUCAGGUGAACUGACUCAAGGUGAGCUGUACUCGGCCAUCAAGAAAGAGAGGGAGCAGACAGAAGCUGGAGACUCCAGUACUACAGCCUUCAGUGGGGAGAUGCACUUCUAUGAAUUAGUGGAGGACACUAAAGAUGGCAUUUGGCUGGUUCAGGUUAUAGCACGGGACCAGGAAGCUGUUCUCAGUCAGUCCAGUUGGGGAAUAAUGGUUCAGAAACUGUCUCAGUUUGGAAUCAGAACUGGGACCUUCAACUGCUCCAAUGACUAUAGGUCAUGUAUCAAACGUCAUUGGCAACACUCGACUCUCAUCAUGUCGGCUCCUCAAACCUCAGCUUCCAAGGGUAAAGUCAUGCUAAAGGAAUAUUCUGGACAAAACAUUGAAACUGAGCACAUCUUUCGGUGGAUGACCUCGCAUCUUUCCCGUCGAAUCAAAACCGUUCGUCGGUCCGCUCAGCUACGUAAGGAGUGGCGCUCUGACCCAGCUCAUCCAAUCAAGAUGUUUCUGUUCUCUCAUCUGGCCCAACCUCCUGCCUUCUUCUCUUCGCUGUCGGUGAAGUUCACCGGCAGAAUCGAGUUUAUUUUUGUGGAUGUACGUCACUGGGACAACCAGAGCUUCCUCUUAGACAUUGGUGUGACACGGAGCCCUGCUUAUAUACUUAAAAUGCCAGAGGGCAUCUAUCACUAUGGUAACAGUACCGGGGAGUUUCUGUCUCUUGCUGCCAUGGAUACAUUCCUACGUUCGGUCCAACCAGAAGUCAAUGAUUUAUUUGUCCUCAGCCUGGUGCUCAUAAAUCUACUGGCAUGGAUGGAUCUCUUCAUCACACAGGGAGCAACAGUCAAACGAUUCGUUGUGCUGAUCAGAACACUUGGAACCUACAACUCCGUAGUAUUGGUGUCUUGGCUUCCUGUUUUGGCUCUCUUUCAGCUUCCCUAUCUGGACACUCUGUAUGGUUACAGUCUGAAGUUGAUACGUUAUGCGGACACCACCACGUUUGCAAGUUUAGUGAGAGCCGACUGGACUUUUUUCUCAUCCCAUCCAGCUCUCUUUCUGUCCACGUACCUGACCUAUGGCUUGCUGAUUGACUACUUUGAGAAGAAACGCCGCUGUUGUUCCAGAAACCAGGAGGACGGCACCACCAACCUGGAGUGGUUAGCCAGCCUGUGGGACUGGUACGCCUCUUUUCUGCUUCACCCCAUCGCCUUAGUGCAACAGUUCCCAUCGGAUCACUCGGAGUGGGAGGACGAUCCCAGCUUUUUAUUUGAGCGAUUGGCUUUCCCGGAUCUCUGGCUUCGCCCACUAGUGAAUGUAGACUAUUUAAAAUCUCUUCCGACAUGGAAGGUUAGAGCUUUUGUUCACCAAAGCCAGGAUGUUUCUUGUGUCCAUCAAGACAAUGAACAGGACAUAUCGGAAAUGAGCAGCCAGAGGCCGACAGAUUCCUCUCCUGCUGGCACAAACAGACUUCCACACAUCUGCUCAAGGCACACAGGGUGUCUGUGCAAUCAGGUUAGCAGCAGACUCCCUGGUUUGCAUGGGGACCCAGAUGCCAACAAUAGCCGUCAGUGUGCAGAAUCUGCCCAUCUUUCCCCAUCCUGCUGCUGCUGUAGAAACGAAAGCCUCCAAACAGUUGAAAAAUCGCCGGAAGAGGGUGGCAGCAUUCCCAAAAAAGUCUCUGAUGAUCAGGAUUGUGAUUGUUGCGGGUGGCCCAGCGACAUGCUUCCUUGCACAGAGUGCGUGGUGUGUCUAGAAAACAUUGCGAAUGAGGAGCUUCUCAUGGGGCUGCCCUGCGGCCACGCCUUCCACCAGCAGUGCAUUGUGAUAUGGCUGAUGGGAGGUAAGCACUGGUGUCCCAUAUGUCGCUGGCCCAGUUACAAGAAAAAACGUAACAUAGUCCCACCAAGCACUUCCACUGAAAACACCUUGUUGAAUUGAUCUGUUUGUACAACUAAACGCUUCGCCUCUCCUUUUGAAGCUUGCUGAACAAUUGUCAUGUUUUACUGUCAGUUAAUCAGAUUCAAUAUGGACUGGUAAGGUCAUAAAAAAGCAUUAAUAAAUAAUAAUUGCUGUCAUCAUGGCCUAUAAAUCAUUUUGAUUUAACUCCUUACGUCUAUAUUAAAUGACCAUCAUGAAAGGUGAAACGGAUGAGACCAGGUGACGCCAUUUUCUGUGUCAAAGGUCCAUCAGGACUGUAAAAGUAGAAAAACCUUGGUGUAUCUGUUUAGAUUAUAGUCUACCCUCUGUAUAUUUAUAAGGAAAUCCGCUUCUGGCCAAAAUAAUAAAGAAUAAUCUUCCAGAUUAAAUCUGUCAUCUGAAUUAA